AUGCAUUACAUACGGCUACUGAAAUCACCAACUCUGUCUCGUUCCGGGAAAAAGUUCAUGCUCGAUCUGGUCUUCACAAUAACUACCGACCUAGGAGACUCAUUUCUAUAUCCAGACGAGCCAAUCGACGUAGCUAUCCAUGCCGAGAUAUCUACUGACUCAGAAUCUAAAAAGAAGGAUUUAUUUAAGCUCUCGCUAGAGACUACAAAGUUACAAUGGCAAUCUGGAAUGCGCGUCGCGAAACCUUCAGUUGACAUAUCUAGGCUGAUGCAACAAACACUAAACUCCAAGAACAAAAUCUCUCUAUGCAUCAGCACAGAGAAGUUCUCUGCGCGUACGGUAUCCGACAUACUUGCUAGUACAGUUGUUUCGGAGGAGGAAGAGCAAGAUGGACAAAUAAUGCCGGUCUGGUUCACAUUGAAUCCCGACGAAGCUGAGGUUGAAGUUUUUACGAGGAGACUGUAUUUACCCGGAACUUCUGAGCAAGAAGAUUACGUCGAAUUUGAAGAGGAAAUUGGCGAGAGCAUUGCUAGACAUAUUUGGGAUGCGGGAGUAAUUGCAUUCUGCGCAAUUGCAGAGUCAUGGAUGCUGCCAAUGCCAACGGAUACCGAACCUUCUGGCUUGAAAGCUUUGAAGAAGCUUUUCGCUGGCCCGAAGCCAAUCAACGUUUUAGAGCUGGGAUGUGGUGUUGGAAUCCUGGGAGGAGGCUUGAGUGCUGUGAUACCAAGGAUGCGGCCACCCCCAAGCCGUAGAUGCACCAUCCUCAUGACGGAUCUGGAGGAAGCAGAGAGUCGAACCAGGUCCAACAUGUCCCGGCUCCUCCAAGCACGGAAAUCAAAGUCCAGCAACACUCCUCCCGUGAAGCUUCUAUACGAGAACCUUGAUUGGGAAGAAGGUCGAAAGGGGGAGUUUGAUUUCGAGACACAAAACCACCGCUGGGACCUGGUCAUGCUUAGUGACUGCACGUACAACGUGGACAUGCUUCCCGCGCUGGUUGAGACAUUGUCUGCGCUGCACACAUCUAAUAUAGCACAUGCGGCCGCUUCGUCCUCGUCAUCCAGUGAGGCGUCAUCCGGCGAGCAGUCACUCUCAACAAAGGUCUUCUUGGCCACAAAGCCGCGGCACACUUCGGAAGAGGCCUUGUUUGACCUGCUAUCGCAAGAGGGAUGGACUGAGCUGCAUAGUCAGACUUUGCCACUGCCCGUCCUUGGCGCAGAGACGCAAUCUGUGGAUCUGUAUCUUUACGAAAAGCUGCAGUAA